UCAACAACACGGGGUACUCGAUCGUCAACACACGUACGUACGUACCGGCGCAUGGCUUGGAGCAGCGGUAUGGCGGGCGUGCCCAUCGCCACCGCCGUCCUCGUCUUCUUGCUGCUUCUUCCUCUGUCCGCCGUCCGCCAUGCGCGGGCGCAAGAAACUGACACCGAGGAGGAGUUCAGCUACCGGAGCGGCCGGGACACCAGCCCGGACCGGUGGGGCCUCCUCCGGCCGGACUGGGCGGCCUGCUACUGGGGCCGGCAGCAGUCCCCGAUCCGCGUCCCCAGCGCCGGCCGGGUCGUCGGCCCCCGCAACGGCCACCUCGCCCGCACCUACCGCUCCUCGCCGGCCACCCUGGUGAACCGCGGGCACGACAUCAUGGUGAGGUUCGACGGCGACGCGGGGUCCCUGGAGAUGGACGGCGUCUCGUACCGGCUCCGGCAGAUGCACUGGCACUCCCCCAGCGAGCACGCGCUGGACGGGCGCCGGUACGACCUGGAGCUGCACAUGCUCCACCAGAGCGACAAGGCGAGCAACAAGUACGCCGUCGUCGCCCAGCUCUUCCAGAUCGGGGAGCACCGCGACGAGACCCUGCACUUGCUGGAGCGGUACAUCGAGAGGAUCGCGGACAGGAGGAAGGGGCACGAGGAGGAGCUCGAGGACGAGGUGGACCCGAGGAGGCCGGUGAGGGGGAGCGACACCUUCUACAAGUACACGGGCUCCUUCACCACGCCGCCGUGCACCGAGGGCAUCGCCUGGGCCGUCGCCACCAGGGUGCGGCAUGUGGCGCGUCACCAGGUGGAGCUGCUCAGAGACGCCGUCCACGACCAUGCCAGGAUGAACGCUCGGCCGCUCCAGGAGGCCAACGGCAGGGGGGUCGCCCUGUACUACAGCUGGCCUCGUUCCGGCGACGGGAGUUAGGACGGCUGGAAGCGUGUACGGCCAAAUAAGACGGCAUGCAGCAGAUCGACGCCGUGUUCUUGUUCAGCUUGAUUGUGAUUUUUUUCUUUUACGUCUUAUAUUAUGGGAUGGAGAGAGUAUUUUAUUCGUUGUAUAAUAAAGAAAACAUACUGCGAGGAGAUGCUACUUAAGCUAGAGUUUACGUUGAUGAUUGUGUUACCAUUCCAUUUUGUAGGCUGAUGCUCUUUUCGUAUUGUUGGCCUUGCUACUUUGGCAUGGCCCGAGAGU